AUGGCCCCUGGCACCCAGAAACCCUCAUCCCAGGAGGUGGUGGCAUUCAGGGAUGUGUUUGUGGACUUCACUGAGGAGGAGUGGUGCCUCUUGGACCAUUCGCAGAAAGAGCUGUACAAGGAGGUCAUGCUAGAAAAUCUCCAGAAUUUGCUGUCCCUGGACAUCAAACAACAUCAGAAAAGUGAUACUGGAGAAAUGCUUUGUGUAAGUAAUAAAGGUGGGAAGGCAUUGAGUCAGAACUGUGAGCACAUUACUCAUCAGCAAAUUCCCAUUAGAAAGAAGCCUGAUGGAUAUAACAAGUGGGAAGGUAAGAGAAUCCACAAUGGAGAGAAACUUAUUGAAUGUCAUCAGUGUGGAAAGACUUUCAGACAGAGAUCCAGUCUUACUGCACAUCAGAGAGUCCACAGUGGAGAGAAACCUUAUGAAUGUAAUCAGUGUGGAAAGGCUUUCAUAAAGAGCUCCCACCUUGCUGCACAUCGGAGAGUCCACAGUGGAGAGAAACCUUAUGAAUGUAAUCAGUGUGGAAAGACUUUCACAUUUAGGAGCAACCUUACUAAACAUCAGAAAAUCCACCGUGGAGAGAAGCCUUAUGAAUGUAAACAGUGUGGAAAGGCUUUCACACAGAGCUGCAGUCUUACUGCACAUCAGAGAGUCCACAGUGGAGAGAAACCUUAUGAAUGUAAUCAGUGUGGAAAGGCUUUCACACAGAGCCGCAGUCUUACUGUACAUCAGAGAGUCCACAGUGGAGAGAAACCUUAUGAAUGUAAUCAGUGUGGAAAGGCUUUCACAAAGAGCUGCAGUCUUACUGUACAUCAGAGAGUCCACAGUGGAGAGAAACCUUAUGAAUGUAAUCAGUGUGGAAAGGCUUUCACAGAGAGCUCCCAACUUGCUGCACAUCAGAGAGUCCACAGUGGAGAGAAACCUUAUGAAUGUAAUCAGUGUGGAAAGAGUUUCACAUUUAGGAGCAACCUUACUAAACAUCAGAAAAUCCACCGUGGAGAGAAGCCUUAUAAAUGUAAUCAGUGUGGAAAGGCUUUCACACAGAGCUGCAAUCUUACUGCACAUCAGAGAGUCCACAGUGGAGAGAAACCUCAUGAAUGUAACCAGUGUGGAAAGACUUUCACACACAGGAGCAGUCUUAUUACACAUCAGAAAAUCCAUCGUGGAGAGAAGCCUUAUGAAUGUAAUAAUUGUGGAAAAGCUUUCACAAACAGCUUCCAACUUGCUGCACAUCAGAGAGUCCACAGUGGAGAGAAGCCUUAUGAAUGUAAUCAGUGUGGAAAGGCUUUCACACAGAGCUGCAAUCUUACUGCACAUCAGAGAGUCCACACUGGGGAGAAACCUUAUGAAUGUAAUCAGUGUGGAAAGGCUUUCAUACGUAGCUACAUUCUUGUUGCACAUAAGAGAAUCCACACUGGAGAGAGACCCUAUGAAUGCAAUGAAUGUGGAAGGGCUUUCACACAGAGCUCCCAUCUUGUUAGACAUCAGAAACUCCAUGGUUGA